UUAUCGAAAGAACUUCAAACCGAGUUCCUGAAUAUCCCCAUCAAUUACACUUCAUUGAUACCAUUUGCCCAUCAUGAAGACCACAUGGAAGGAUAUUCAACCAGUGCCAACCUCUCAAGAAUUUCUUGACAUUGUGUUGAGCAGAACACAACGUCGAUUGCCUACACAAAUUCGUUCAGGAUUUGCCAUUACCAGAAUUAGAGGUACAAAAUUCAUUGUCUUCUCAGCGACGAUAAUUUUGACUAACGUGUGUCAGGUUUCUAUACCAGAAAGGUGAAAUUCACAGCGGAGACGUUCUCUGAAAAGCUCUCCCUUAUUUUGGACGGAUUUCCACGACUACAAGAUAUUCAUCCGUUCCACAAAGAUCUCCUCAAUACUCUCUACGAUGCCGACCACUUCCGGAUUGCUCUAGGACAAUUGUCAACCGCUAAGCAUCUCAUUGAAAUCGUUUCUCGCGAUUAUGUCCGACUUCUCAAAUAUGGUCAAUCGCUUUUCCAAUGUAAACAACUUAAGCGUGCUGCCUUGGGACGAAUGGCCACCAUCUGCAGAAGACUUAAAGAUCCUCUCUUGUAUCUCGACCAAGUUCGUCAGCAUCUCGGUCGUCUUCCGUCCAUCGACCCAAAUACUAGAACACUUUUGAUCUGCGGUUAUCCUAAUGUUGGAAAGUCUAGUUUCUUGAAAAGUGUCACCAGGGCCGAUGUAGAUGUUCAGCCAUAUGCUUUCACCACUAAGAGUUUGUUCGUUGGACAUUUCGACUACAAAUACCUCCGAUUUCAAGCAAUCGAUACCCCCGGUAUAUUGGAUCAUCCCUUGGAAGAGAUGAACACAAUUGAAAUGCAAUCUAUCACUGCCAUUGCGCAUUUGAGAUCUGCCAUUCUCUACUUUAUGGAUUUGUCUGAGCAGUGUGGCUACACUGUUCAAGCACAAAUGCAACUUUUCCAAAGUAUCAAACCACUUUUCGCCAACAAGCUCGUUUUCAUUGUCAUCAACAAAAUUGAUGUUACACGCCCUGAAGACUUGGAUCCCGAGACCCAGGCUCAACUCCAGGCACUACUCAAACCUGGUGACGUUGAGUUAUUACAACUCUCUUGCACAACUGCUGAGGGGGUUCAAGAGGUAAAAAACGCUGCAUGCGAGCGUUUGAUUGCGGAUCGUGUUGCUCAAAAGCUCAAGGCUGGUACAAACAGCAGUGGUGCUGUUGGUGGUAGAUUGGGCGAUGUUCUUGCAAGAAUCCACGUUGCAAGACCUAUGGAUGGUAUUGUCAGAGAAUCUUUCAUCCCAGAGGCUGUUUUAGCCAAGAAGAAGUACGACAAAAACGAUCCAGAGCGCAUUAAGCUUGCUCGUGAUAUCGAGGAAGAGAAUGGUGGAGCUGGAGUUUAUAACGUCGACUUAAAGGACAAAUACAUGCUCGAAAAUGACGAAUGGAAGCACGAUAAAAUUCCCGAAAUCUUCGACGGAAAGAACGUUUACGAUUUCGUAGACCCCGAUAUCGAGGCCAAAUUAGCCGCCUUGGAGGCGGAAGAAGAGAAGCUUGAAGCAGAAGGAUAUUACGAUUCUGAUGACGAUCUCGAAGAUGCCGAGGACGCCGAGAUCCGUAUGAAGGCUAAUCUCAUCCGCGAGAAGCGCGAACUUAUCAAGAAUGAAGCCAAGAUGAAGAAAUCCCUCAAAAACCGUGCUCUCAUUCCCCGCUCUGCCACACGCAAGAAGCUCUCUGAGAUGGAAGAUCACCUCGACUCUCUCGGACACGACACUACUUCCAUUGUCGCGCGUGCACGCUCACAAUCUAGAGGCCGCAGUCAAGUACGCAGCCGCGCACAAACUGAAGAUGCUAUGGAUAUUGAUGAUCCUGAUUAUGAGGCCAAGAUGCGCGCCAAGAGCAGAGCAAGAAGCCAGGCCAACAGAAGAGAUGAUGGUGUCGCAGGAAAUGAGGAAGCCAGGACAAAGGCUGAGCGUGCUCAGAAACUUGGCCAGAGAAAGAUGAAUCGUAUGGCAAGACAGGGUGAAGCCGAUAGGCAUGUUGCUGGUGUCAGACCAAAACAUUUGGUAUGUUUAUUUCCCUCUCAACCCCUAGUCACUUUUAUAUUUCUUACGGUGUCUCAAAAUGGCCCUUUCAAACCCUAUAUUAAGUACCCUUCUAACACAUGUGCGAAUAGUUCUCCGGCAAACGCAGCAUCGGCAAAACAAACAGUCGUUAAAAUACCCACUGACAUUCAAGGCACAAUUCUAUUUCAAGCUUACUAUAAUGGAAUUAUGCAUGGCGUUUUGGAGGGUUUGGGGAGGGUUCUCUUUGCUCAUUUACGGCAUAAUGUAUUCAGAUGUAACAGGUGUUGCAUUACGUACCAAAAGCAAAAGAGACAAUGAUGAACAUGAAAAAUCUUGCAACCUAAACAAGAAAUACUUCCUGUCGCAAUAAUAUUUCGCUGCCAUACUAUGAAUGUGAAGAACAUCAA